GGGUCGCUGCCGCACCGUGUAGAGUGGCGUGCAUGAAGAAGAAGCAGCGGCCGCGGCGGCCGACGCCAGUGGAGGAGAUGUGGGUCAGCCGUUCCCCGUGGAUGCACCCGGCAUCGCCUCCCGCGUCUCGCCUGCCGACGACGAGGACGACGAAGAAGACGCUGCUGCUGCGACGCCCGGCCGCUCUGGUCGUCGCCGUUGCCGGGAUUUAGCAUCGGCGCCCUCUCCCACCCACCCCCCGCCUUCCCCCACUGCCACCUGCUGCUAGUGGUGCGGCUGCUAACUCCGCCGCUAGGCCGCGGUGGACGGUUUCGAACGUCGAUUUCGGGAGUGUGACAAUCGACACCGGCCAAGGACGCCGCGUGACCCCCCCACCCCGUAGUUGGCCGGAGUCGCGCGGUGUUUGCUCCCGCUCCUUCGAAGGUCCCGAGGGCUUUCAAGUCGGAGUGGCGAAGGGGCGGUGCGCGACGCCGGACAGCUGCAGAUUAUCUCGGACCUUCAGCUAAACUGCGCCGACGGGUCCAGCCGGUGCCCAGACGCUAUGACCUGCUCGGGGGAGACGUGCUACCUACGCCGAAAUGAUGCUUUCCGGAAACGGGUCGUGCCAGCCGACACUCUACGUUGGUGAACAGGUCGCAGUUGUGUGGAUUGUGUCCCGUUACAACGGUACAGUCUUCACGAGUGCUGUGCAACAAGACACUUCCAGCCUAGCGCCGUGCCUGACGUCUAUUGUUGACUGCUCAAGGAACUAGCUGACAUAAUGACGAAGACAGAGAGCGACCUGCUGGACCCGCCGUCGACGACGGCCUCUGACGACGACGAGAUCGAGUACCCGAGUUGUGGCCCGCUCAAAGUGAGCCUCUGGCAGCUCGCCGAGCAAGAGCUGCGAGAGACGCCAGCUCGCCGACAGAGGGACCUGCAGAUCAUCAGGGACAUGAUCCGAUGCGACCGGGACCUCGAUUGCCGCAUGGACGACGCCUUCCUGGUGCGGUUCUUGCGCUGCCGCAAGUUCGACAGCAGCCGGGCGUACAAGGUGCUGCGCCAGUACUAUCGGCUGCGCCAGAACAACACGCAGCUGUUCCGCGACUUCUACCCCACAUUCCUGCGCGCCACUUUCGAGCGGAACCUGCAGACGGUGCUGCCCGACCGCGACCCCAACGGAUGCGCGGUGUUCAUCUUCAAGGGCGGUCAAUGGGAUCCGUAUGGGUGCAGUUCUGAGGACAUCUUCCGGGCCAACGUUCUCUGCCUAGAGCAGGCCAUUAUGGACCCUGUGACACAGGUGACAGGGCUUGUGGCAGUCAUGGACAUGAAGGGAUUCGGCUUCACACAUCUCCGCUUCUGUCCUCCCAGCAACCUGCAGAAGGUUGUCUCCCUCAUACAGGACUGCUUUCCUGCUAGGUUCAAAGCAAUCCACAUCAUCAAUGAACCAGCUAUAUUCGGAAUGCUGUUCAGCAUUGUGAGGCGAUUCCUGAAUGACAAGCUCCAACAAAGGAUACACUUUCAUGGAUGUAAUAUAGCAUCCUUGCACAAGUUUGUACCCCCCGAGAUAUUACCCGAGGAGUAUGGCGGCUUCAACGGCCCCAUGGAUAACUCUGAGUUUGUGGCCCGCAUGUACAGGAAUGACGACAUCUUCAAAAAGGAUGCUGAAUAUGGCUUCAAGAUCAGGAUCAAAGGAUGACUCUCACUGCGUGUUAGCCAGUGUACUUGCCCUACAAUGUAGGCUGGCACUGCUGCUUUUUAGUUAUGACAGUGUUCUUCAGUUGUGAUGACAGGUUGUCCAAGUAUUUAUUUGAUGUGUGUGAUGAGCUGGCUUCCUUUGUACAAAUCAGUCAGUGAAAUAAAUGUGACCCUCAGCAGUUGUGCAAAGCCUGAA